UGUAACUCAACUGAACUCCCAUCUCCUGUCAACAUGUCCUACAGCCGCUGCUCUGGAAACUUCUCUUCUUGCUCCCUUGGGAGCUACCGGCGCUACCCAGCUUCCUCCUUCCCCAGCAACCUGAUCUGCAGCACUGACCUCUGCUCUCCCAGCUCCUGCCAGCUGGGCUCCUCUCUCUACAGCCAGGAGACCUGCUGUGAGCCCAUCAGGACCCAGACUGUGGUGUCCCGUCCCUGCCAGACGUCCUGCUACCGCCCGAGGACCUCCACAUUCUCCAGUCCCUGCCAGACGACUUUCCCUGGGUCUCUGGGCUAUAGGUCCAGCAGCUGCAGCUCCCUGAGCUCUGGAUCCAGAAGCUGCUACCCAGUGGGCUGUGGAGGCCGUGGCUUCAGACGGCUGGGUUAUGGAAUCUGUGGCUUCCCUUCCCUGAGCCAUGGAUCCGGAUUCUGUCAUCCAACCUACUUUUUGUCCAGUAGCUGCCAAUCAUCCUGUUACAGACCAUCCUGUGGAUCUGGCUUCUAUCGUUCAAUUUGUUGAAGGUCUAAAUCCUUU